AUCUCUCUUCUCCGAAUCGUAAUUCUCGGUCCGUCGCGAACUCAUGGCGAUUGCAGCAGAGACUCAGCCUCAGCCCCCAUCUUAUGACAAGGCUUCUUCUGAGGCUUCUGCUGUGGAGAAUAGAAGGUGGACCCUCAACGACUUUGAUAUUGGAAAGCCUCUUGGAAGGGGAAAAUUUGGUCAUGUCUAUUUGGCCAGAGAAAAGAGAAGUAAUCACAUUGUUGCUCUGAAAGUCCUCUUCAAGAGCCAAUUGCAACAGUCCCAAGUUGAGCAUCAACUUAGGCGAGAAGUUGAAAUCCAAAGUCAUCUGCGACAUCCCAACAUUUUACGCCUUUAUGGAUACUUUUAUGAUCAGAAACGCGUUUAUUUGAUUUUAGAGUACGCCCCAAAAGGUGAACUUUACAAGGAAUUACAGAAAUGCAAAUAUUUCAGUGAAAGACGUGCAGCUACUUAUGUUGCUUCAUUGGCCCGAGCCCUCAUAUAUUGCCAUGGAAAGCAUGUAAUACAUAGAGACAUUAAACCUGAGAACCUUCUUAUUGGCGCCCAGGGUGAACUGAAAAUUGCAGACUUUGGGUGGUCGGUGCACACAUUUAACCGCAGGCGGACCAUGUGUGGCACACUAGAUUAUCUUCCUCCUGAAAUGGUGGAGAGUGUAGAACAUGAUGCAAGCGUUGAUAUAUGGAGCCUUGGCGUCCUGUGUUAUGAGUUUCUAUAUGGAGUCCCUCCUUUUGAGGCUAAAGAACAUUCUGAGACAUACAGAAGAAUAAUCCAAGUGGAUCUCAAGUUUCCUCCCAAACCAAUUGUGUCCUCUGCUGCAAAGGACCUCAUCAGCCAGAUGCUGGUGAAGGAUUCCUCUCAACGUCUACCAUUACACAAGCUUCUGGAACAUCCGUGGAUUGUUCAGAACGCAGAGCCCUCUGGUGUAUACAAAUGCUAGUAUUUCAUUCCCAAGAUGGCAGCUUUCUGGAUCCGGAAAGUGUAAUGUAAACUGUCUGUACCAGUCGCUCGGUAGAGAUGAGGUCUAUUUGAUAUCCAGCAUGUGUUACGUACGUAUAUUCUUGUCCCUCCAUUGAUAUAUGUUACUAGUUAUUAUUUGAUUGUUGUAAGCCCUGCGGGGAGAAAUCGGGAAUUGACUUGUGAUCUCUAGUUCAAAGUAAAAUAUGUUCGAGCGCUCAUGCAGCCCCGAAGUUUCUUGUACUACCAAAAAGGGGAGCAAGUACUUGUACUCCAAAUAAAAAGUAUGUAUAUUUUGCGGAAGCAAACAAAAUUUACGGAAAAAUCAAUCAU